AUGGCACGGCUGAUGCUGUGUCAUCCACGUCGCCCUCCAAGGCGUCAGGGAAGCCACACGCAGUAUCUCUUUUUCUCAGAGAGCUCCUCUUUCAACGCCGAAAAGCAGGGGCCCUCCUCUGAGCUGCUCUCCAGCUCUAUGCUCCGGCUACCGCGCUUCGCCCUAGCUGCAGUGGCCCAAGGUAUCAUCCAGCCGAGAGAAACCAGGCCCGGGCUGUGCUUCCUCCAUAAAGCAGCUGACAUGUUUCCAACUGUUAAUACUUUUCCUACCGAGGUUCUGAAAAGUGGCCUGUUCUCGGCCUUUGGAAACAUCUUCAGACAAAUAAAGCUAAUUAAUUUGGAAGACAAACGACCUGUUCAAAGGAGGGCGCGGGGGCCGGCGGGCGACGCCUGCCCAGCUGCUCAGCUUUGCAAAGUGCAAAAGCGCCCCGGCCGCGCGGCGACUGGGUGGAGGGGACCCUACCCACCCCCGUACUCUGCCCCUCCCCCCACCACCGCCGGCGGAGCGGGGAGGUGGGUGCGCCCGCCCCCAGCCCGACUCCGCUGGAAACCUGGGCUCCUGGCGAGCGCCGGGCGGGGAUGCUGCCGGGUUGGGCCGGGGCCGCAGGGGCGAGGGCAGGUAGCGGGUGGUGACGGGUUGGGUGUGCGUUCCGAGCCGCCGAGUCCAGGAAGGGGGCGGGAAGCUGCCGUCUCAGCUGCAACUUCUGAGCGUGCAAAGCAACUCAGCAACUUUGCCUGCGCCGCGCCCCUCCCCCGCGCCGCCGGGCCGGGCCGGGGGCUGCGCGGUGCCUGGGGGCCCCGGCGCCGGGCCCGACGGGGGACAGAUCGGGGGCUCAGGCGAGCAGGGAGGGGGCCGGGCAGGGGCGGCAGAAGUGGCACAGCUGCCAGGGGAGUAGGACUAGGGGUGCGCCUCCACGCGCCGCGGGGCUUGGAAAGGACGCGCGGCCCCCGCCCCCCGCGGCCCCCGCGGCCCCCACCGGGCCGGGCCCGCGCCUGCUGCCGGGCUCAGCGCGAGGAAGGGGGCGGAGGAUGGCGGCGGAGCCAUGGAAACUGUGCCGGGUGGAUAAAUAAGGAGAGGGCCGCCCGAGGCCGUCCCCAGGCUGCCAGCAUCUCGGCGGCGGAUGCAGCGCUCUGGAAGCGCGGCCGAACUCCUACAAGUUUUUCCUCCCGCCCUGCAGCUCCGGGCUGGGGAAGUGGGCGCUUCCUGGAGAGGCAGGCCCCGGCUCGGAGGAAGGCUGGUGGUGGAGACUGGCCCCGGGGGAGGGGAGAGAGCUGCGAGGUGUGGGGCAAAGGAGAGUGUGAAGGUGACUUCGGGCCUCCCGAGGUCAUCGGCUGUUUGUUACCAGCCCGAAUGACGGCACGAGGCCCUGGCGGGUUCUGGCAACCCGAAGAGCCUGGGGAAACCUCUAGAUUCGUGUUCAGAAAGAUGGAUUCGCCCAGUUCAGACACUCAGAACUAACGAAGAGCUAAACCUUGGCGUAAGCGGAGGGGGGGUGGGGGAGGGGUGACGCCGACAACGGGACCUGGACCAGCCUGAAGUGGCACAGGCUGUCCCCAAAGUCAUGCCCACAUCCCCGUCAGGACUCGGAUUGGCAAGAUGGAGAGGGAUGUAAAUGGGUUGACUUGGGCCACGCGGGUGCCCUCCUGCGCGGGAAGCCUGAAGAGCCAGGCGUCCACCGCACCCUUGCCCUGGAAGCUGAUUUGCUAAUCCUCCAGCCUCCCCUGACACUCACGUACCUCAUCUGACUCACUGUGAGGUCACUGAUCCUUUACGCCCAAGUCUAUUGCCUGUAAAGUGCUGGCGAUUUUAAUGGGGGUUUUAUGAAGUUGAGUCACUUCAGGGUGUGGGGCUCUUCAGAGGCAGAGGGGUCACGCCGAGUGAAAGUGAACUACCUUGGCGGAGAAGCCUGUCCACCAGCUGAACGAUUUAAUUACAUGCCAUCUUGAUUUAAAGAGAUUUACGUGCGCGUGAGGACAGCUGGACAGUUACAUGCCGGUAUGGACCUGGAAAUUACUCUUUAACUGGACGAGGUCUAUUUCAUACUGAAAAUGAGUGACCAGUAUUUCUUUCUUUCUUAUUUCUACUUCAAAAUUUUUAGUUCUUUUACUUCUUAAUAGGAAAAAACAGCCUUUUACCCUCUUCCUCUGAAAUAAUUGUGAAAGUUCUCCGCUAGAGCUUCGGUUUCCAGAGAACGCUAGAUCCUCCGGAUGUCCAUAGGUGAUGUUUGAGAAAAAGGGUUCUGUGGGCAUAGAUUUCAUCGAUUCCAAGAUGCACAUAUAUUUCUAAUUUUAACCUUUCUGAUGUCACAUUUGAUGGCAUCUUAGCAUGGAGUCCCAGUUUAAUUGGCAGUUUUUCUUUUUUAGUGGCACAUGAAAUAAGGAAGUUUGAGAAAUGCUGAGUUAAGCAAGUUAAAUCAAGUUUAUUUGCUAUACAACAAAGAAAUGGAACACGUGGCUUUAUAAAGGCCUUUCAGAAUCUUCAGUGUGCUGAGGGGUUUGUGAAUCACUGGGGAGAGGUUAUAAUAUGCAAACUUUCCUAAAUGUGUUUGUCCCAUGGCUGUUUUUUGUGAGCAUUAUUGCUUAGGAGUAGUAUUCCUUUCAGGAAACGCUGCUCAAGUUGGACUAGAUUUAAACUCAGUUAAGGGAAAUGUUCACAUUUUAAAAUGGUACCCAAGUGUAAUCAGGAAUUAUUAAAUGAUACACUAAAUUUAGAAAAAUUUAGUCUCAUUACUAAAAAGAGAGAGACCAUUUGAGGAAAUAUGCAAAGGCAGAACUGUUGGCAUUCAGCUGUAGUAGAAACUGAAUCAGGAGCAUCUUUAGGGAACUAGUCUAGUGAACACUGAGCUCAUCAGAAAAUUCACGCGUCUGAUGUAUACAAUUGCUGAGACACUAUCUCCUGCGUUGUUUUGAUUUGUAGAAGUUAAUAAAAAUGCCUUAUUUAAAUUAGACUGGCGCUAAGCUACUGGCCAAUUACUCCAAAACAUUCCCCCAAAAGUUAUGGAAAAAUAAAAAAUGGUGAGUGUAUAGAAGUAUACUUUCAGUUAAAUUUUAAAAAGAGAAGAAGAAAAGCGUAUAAAAAUUUCCAAAGAAAGGUGAAAUUUAGCAUAGGCAAGAAAAAAAUGCCUAUCAUUCAUCCUUUACCAAAAGUUGGAGGCCAGAUCAGAUCUUUAUAAAUGAAUAAAAUGUUCUACUUGGACUAUUUCAAAUACAAAUAAUAACAUAUAAUUUUUUAGUAUGAAUCUAAAAGAUAUGUUUUCAUUUAUUAGCUCAUUUCACGAUACAAUAAUUCUGUAAGGUAGAUGGAGCUGUCAUUCUUACCCUCAGAUUGUAGCCAUCCCUUCAUCUAUGUAAUAAGCCUAUAUUGAGUACCUACCAGACUCCAGACAUGACACUAGGCUUUGAUGAUAGAAAGAUGAAUAUGAGAAUACCCUGCUCUCUAGAAGUUCAAGUCUAGUAGGAGAGAUAGAUAAGUAAAAUAAAUAAUUGUAGUACAGUAUGACAUUGAGGCUUAAAAGGGUUAAUGACUUACCCAAGGAAACUAGAGUCAGGAUCUGACUGGUCUUAGGAUUUGAAAUACCUUGCUGUCUUCUAUAAUAGACAUGCUCUCAUCUUCGCAAAUAACACCAUGUAGAUAUAGUAUUUGAAAUUAAUUAGGCAUAAAAUCAUACAUGUUAAACUUUAAGAGCCAGAAAGAAAUUUAGGGAUUAUAUAGGCUAACCCAUUCAUUUUACAGGCCUGGAAACUGAGACACAGAGAAGAAAAUGGAUUUGCUCAAGGUUACACAGUUAGAUAAUGACUGAAUUAAGAUUAGAAUCAAGGUUUCGGGCCUCCCAGGUGACCCCCAGCUCUUUGCGCUGUAAGAUGCUGUCCUGCACUGAGAGAGAGUGAGAAAAAGCUGUGGUGGAGCCUGAUUCUACUGUGGUGUCGGGCGUGGGCCCAUCUCAGUGAAGGCCUAGAGCGAUUGUUGAAUCUGUGAUAAAACGCCCCAUGACUAAGCACUUAUUUAAAGAAAUGUUUCUAAGAGGAACUGCAAGGGGAUUUCAGCUGUGUGAGUUCCUUAAAAACGGCCACUAUCCUUAAAAAUUGAAGAUAUAUUUGAUAAAAAAAAACAAAUAUGGGACAUUUGGGGAAAAUGUGAACGCUGACAACUACAUAUUAAAGAACAUUAAGGAAUUAUUCUUGCUCGUUUAAGUACGAGUAGAUUUGCGAUUAUGCUAUUUUAAAAAGGAGUUGUCAUGUCUUAGACAUGUAUAGUGAAAUAUUUGCACUGAAAUUUUAUGAUGUCUGGUAUUAAAAUAAUCCAGCUUUCUUUUGGUGCAGGAUGGGGGGAAACGAAGCCUAUAAAUGAAAUACGAUGUCAUAUACUGAAACCAGGGGGUACUUUAGUAUUGGAUUGUUACAGCCAGCGGGCAAGCAGAUGGCAUCACUGCUGAGAGAGGUUCCAGCAUGAAGGAUGAUGCACUGAGCUCCCAGAUCAUAAUUGGAGGUGGGAUUAGGUGGAAGUCUUGUUUGUUAAUGAAUCCUCUUCAUUUCAUUUAUUCUCCGAUAAUUAUUUGCCGCUGAACGAAGCCCUUCCUCUGCACCUGGUGUAUUACAGUAAUCUUCACAACGAAUCUACUCUUAUUCUUCCAUUUUACGGAUGAAGAAUUUGACACUUAAAGCAGUAAAUAAUCUAAGCAGCCAGUGAGUGAUAGACUUAGAAUCUGAACCUAUGUGUGUGACUCCAAACCCUUAACCAGCACAGACUACUCAUUCCUUCUCAGAGAGGAAUUUAAACUCAUGGUGGGCCUCCUCGCCAGCUCUUGGGUCCAAUGCCUUAAGCACCUGCAUUUUCUUAUCUUUAGAAAGGCAAGAAUGACUGUAAACUGAACCAAAAUAAAGACAGCUGUUUCCUUGAACCAUC